CCCAAGUUUCAUUUCUUUCCCCUUCUUCUACGGUCAAUUCAAGCUAUCAUACCAAAUUUUAAUGGAAGAAAUGGCCUCUUUAUGGAGCUAUCAAGAGACUAUGGAUGAGCUGAGGCAGAAGCUUUUGUACACAACUAUUGAACUGCAACGGUUGAAAGCUCAAUCAAGGGAAGAGACAAGGAGGAGCAAAGAAUAUAUGGACCAAUUGAUUCAGCUUGUCCACACUGUCAUCAGGGAAAGAGAUGAAGCAAGAAACCACAUUCAGAAGAUUCUCAACAGCAGCUGCCAUAGACAUGCAGCAGGAAGAGCAAAUUCCGGGCUGACCGAAUCAAACAAUAGCCUCUCCGACACACAGAACCAUUACUGUUCGUCCCCGGUCGAGUCCUUGUUGGAUCCCGUAUCUUCCCCGGUCGAGUCCAACAACAACGUUCACCAACGUGUGGUGCACGAUGCUGGUGGGUUACUCGACCAGGGCAGUUUGAUAAUUGAUAGUCUUGCGAAGGGUAAACCCUUGCCCGAGAAAGGGAGAUUCCUGAAUGCUGUGCUGGAGGCGGGUCCACUCCUCCAGACGCAUCUCCUCGCGGGCCCGCUCCCGAGGUGGCGUAACCCGCCUCAGCUUAAGGCGUUCCACAUCCCGCAGGUUUCUCUCAGAAACUUAAUUGGGGAUGAGGAUGAGGUUAUUGCAGCACAUUCAAGAAUGGUGAUGCUCAACAAUGGAGGUGCUUCACAGCAGCCUUAUUUUGAGAUGUCCUGUGGAUCCUCACAAAUGCAUUCAUCUUCUCCAAUGUUGAACUUUGGCAGUAACCUUGCUUCUGGAUCGUGCGGUGGAAACCAGAUGUUGAUAUCUGGAGGGUCAGAUGUUGACUGCUAU